AUGGAGAGAGGUUGGAAGCAUAAUUCGGAGAUAUCACCGAACUGUCCCAGGUGUGGGUCUUGCAACACCAAGUUCUGCUAUUACAAUAACUACAGCUUAACUCAACCUCGCUACUUUUGUAAAGGCUGCAGAAGGUACUGGACCAAAGGAGGAUCCCUCCGCAACGUCCCCGUUGGUGGCGGCUGCCGGAAAACCAGGCGCCAUACUAGCAGGACUUUAAGAGUGAACUCAUCAGCCUUGCCUUCACCAAAUGCUGCUGCUGUUUCAUCUUCUAGCUCCUCAUCACCGGCCUCUGAUCAUGCUCCACAUAUUGAUAUUGCACUCAUUUAUGCCAAUUUUCUCAAUCAAAACCCAGAUCAAGUGACCAGGAGCCGCAUCAUCAAAUCCCAUUUCAACAUUGCUGCGGGUCAUCGUCUAGGUGGGCUAUGCAACUCCAUGCAGGAGCAUAAGGGAGAGAGAAUAAUUGGCAGUAGCGAUUUUGAGCUGCCACCAUUGCCAGGUGAAGAGGUCGCCUCGCAGUAUGACAUGAUGAUGUGGUCCGAAUCUCAUGAUGAGAUGAUGGUCGUAAACCAGGCGCCACUUGGAACUCAUCAACCUCAUGUAGAUGGUAACUGGGGACAUUUUCAUUACUCAACCAAUGUUUCUUUUCCCGGCCUUUGA